UGAGCGUGUGCAGCACCAUUAACGGUCCCCCGUACCAACCCCACGUGUAAACAAGCUGUUCAGGACAUCCGCGAUGCCGAAAGCGUUGAAAGGGAAAAACGCGGCGGAGAAGAAGGUGGUUCAUCCGUACAGCCGGAAGGCCGCGUACAUGAACAGAGCCGCUAUCAGACAGGACAGGAAAGAGAAAUUGAAAGGCGAAAAGGCUCAGCGAUUAAAUCUGAUCAGGGAGAAGCUUCUGUGGUUCCAGAGUCGGCUGACCCCCGAGAAGUCCGAAUACUCCAAAGCAGAGGCGUGCGAGAUCGUCGAGAGGUAUCUGCACCGGUUCGACGGCGAGCUGGAGCAGAUCGAGCUGGCCAACAGCAUCAAGGGGCGGCAGGGGCGGCUGCACGGCUCCAGAGAGGCCGUCGUGAGGCAGAUCAUGGAGCGGGAGAGGGCGCAGUACGACGGGAACGGGUUCGAGAUCCCGGAUAUAAUCAACGCCAAGCAUCUGAAGACCUUCAGGGAGUGGAACGGUGACCUGAAGAAGCUGCCCAACAUCAAGUUCCGCAAGGUGUCCGCCAAAGGCCUGGAGAACGCCCACAGUAAAGAGGAGGAACCUGAGGAGGAAUUUGAGGAGGAACCUGAGGAGGAACCUGAGGAGGACGAGGCAGCUCCCGACUCUGAUGAAGAUGUAUAAUGCUUAAUGCCUAAUGGACUAAAAUAUAUAUGUAUAUGUUUUUAUUUUAGUGCUAUAAACUGUGUGUGUUGUAACUCUGGAGAAUAAAAGCCACGAUGCUGCUCCGGCCAA